AUGCUUACGCUUCUUCUCUCAAUUUUCAUUGGCCUCAUCGGGUUCUAUCUCGGCUUCGUCUUGCUACUCACGAUCCCGACUCUACAGGACCACGUCAUCUUCCUGCACCGAGUGACCCGAACCUGGAAUCAGGAUAUCAACGUACCCGAGCAAUGGGGCUUUCUGCGCAACCAAGUCACACCCUUCCAUCUCAAGACGCCGGACGGUGAGACUCUACACGCUUGGCACGUCCUGCCACUGGAGAUAUACCGCCAACAUCAAACCCAACUCCGUGAGGAGCCAGUCGGACUCUGCGCGAAAGUCGAAGACCGAAUCUCCUUCCGCUUACUGAAAGAUCCUACUGCGCAAGUAGUGAUUUAUCUGCAUGGCGCAGCAGGUACACUGGAUUCUGGGUGGCGGCCCCAAAGUUACAGGGCGAUGAGCGCGACAUCGACCAACGUCCAUGUCCUGGCUAUCGACUAUCGUGGUUUCGGUACCAGUUCUGGGUGGCCUUCGGAAGCUGGUCUUCUUACUGAUGCGCUUACCUUGCUCAAGUUCGUAACGGAUACUGCGGGUAUACCACCAGAGAGGAUUGUGGUCUUUGCCCAAUCCAUGGGUACUGCCGUAGCUUUGUCGCUCACUCAUCACUUGGCUUCACAGCCGACCCCUGUUGUUCUAGCAGGAGUCGUCUUAGUCGCCCCAUUCGCCGACGUGGAGUCGCUUACCAGGACGUACAAGGUUGCUCGCACCCUCCCGCUGCUCUCCCCUCUCGCAAUAUUUCCACCGCUUAUGAACCUGCUGAACCGAUUUAUCAUCACCAAAUUUCCAUCCAAGGAGAAACUUGCAGCACUCAUUCACCGGCUGGACAGUAUCAAAGUCAACGGCAAGCAGCGAAACUAUGACAUCACGUUAAUACACGCCGAAGAUGACUACGAUAUCCCAUGGAGUCACUCAGAUGUCCUCUUCUGGCACGCUGUUAACGCAAUAUUUGACUCGUCCUCUUCUAUGACCUUCGAAGAGCUAGAAAAGGUGAAAUUGAAAGAGAGGACGCCUCUCGGUGCUGGUGGUUGGGAAGUAGGAUGGAAAGGGAAGCGUGGGAUCAUCAGAGAACAGAUUAUAAAGCAUGGCUCUCACGAUCGAAUCAUGAGUUAUCCCAUUGUCAGCCUGGCUAUCUCGAGGGCACUCCAUAUGUAG